AUGAUAGACACUCGGCUUUCCGAAGCAGAUGAAGAUGGUGAGUUUCAUAGUGGUUUGAAUCAUCACAAAUGUCCAUUUGCAGAUGGUCAGAUCAGACGUAGUUCAAGUCCAUCGAACACAUCUUUCAACAGUAGUAGUCGUAAACGUUCUAAAAAUAUGAAUCGUUAUUCUCAACAGCAACAACGUCGUGCAAAACAACAAAUUAAAAAGGUGCAAGCAACGAUCGAUGGUGAAGAAUCAAAAGAAGAGCUAAGUGAACGAUUAGAAAAACGUCGAAAUCGUUUUAAUAACGAUGAACAGCAACAGUCAGAAAAUACUACCGAACAAGCGUCAUUAGUAGAAACUGUAAAAGAGUUCAAACCGAUUCAAGCUCCCGAUGUCGCCAUUCCUUCCAGUCAACAAAAAACAAUAAUUGGUACAUGUCAAAAGUUAGAAAAAAAUUAUCUUCGUUUGACAAGUGUAAGUUUCUGAUUGAAUAUUUGCCUACUAGUAUUCCAUGCUCAUCUGUUGUAGGAAGCUGAUCCGACAACAAUUCGCCCCU